AUGGCGGCCCCCGGCCCCGGCGGCGGAGAGGGCGGGGGCGGCGCCCCGUGGGACCUGCUGCCCCGGCUCCCGGUCAAGGCCCCGCCCGGACCCUGCCUGCAGGCGCAGCGCAAGGAGAAGUCCCGCGACGCGGCGCGCUCGCGGCGCGGGAAGGAGAACCUGGAGUUCUUCGAGCUGGCCAGGCUGCUGCCGCUGCCCGGCGCCAUCGCCAGCCGGCUGGACAAGGCGGCCGUGGUGCGGCUCUGCGUGGCCUACCUCCGCCUGCGCCGCUUCGCCGCGCUCGGGGCGCCGCCCUGGGGGCUGCGGGCCGCGCCCCCCGCCGGCCUCGCCCCAGGCCGCAGGGGCCCCGUGGCACUGGUCUCCGAAAUCUUCGAGCAGCACCUGGGAGGACACAUCCUGCAGGCCCUGGAUGGCUUUGUGUUUGCCUUGAGCCAGGAGGGGAAGUUCCUUUACAUCUCAGAGACCGUCUCCAUUUACCUGGGUCUCUCUCAGGUGGAGCUGACGGGCAGUAGCGUCUUCGAUUACAUCCACCCCGGGGACCACUUGGAGGUCCUGGAGCAACUGGGCCUGCGCACCCGGACUUCCGGGCCCCCCACCUCACCCUCAAUCCCCUCCUCCUCCUCCUCCUCCUCUUCCUCCUCGCUUGCGGACACUCCUGAGAUUGAGGCCGGCCCCCCUGCGGCGCCCUCCGCCCGCGCGCGCUCCUUCUUCGUCCGCAUGAAGUCCACCCUCGCCAAGCGCGGGCUGCACGUCAAGGCCUCGGGGUACAAGGUCAUCCACGUGACCGGCCGCCUCCGCGCCCGCGCCCUGGGCCUCGUGGCCCUGGGCCACGCGCUGCCCCCCGCCCCGCUGGCCGAGCUGCCGCUGCACGGACACACGGUCGUCUUCCGGCUCAGCCUGGGGCUCACCAUCCUGGCCUGUGAGAGCAGGGUCAGCGAGCACAUGGACCUGGGCCCCGCGGAGCUGGUGGGCCGCAGCUGCUACCAGUUCGUCCACGGCCUGGACGCCGCCAGGAUCCGCCGGAGCCACCUGGACCUGCUGGACAAGGGCCAGGUGGUGACCGGCUACUACCGCUGGCUGCAGCGCGCGGGCGGCUUCGUGUGGCUGCAGUCCGCGGCCACGGUGGCCGGGGGCGGGAAGAGCCCCGGGGAGCGCCAGGUGCUCUGGGUCAGCUACGUGCUCAGCCAGGCGGAGGGCGGCCACAUGCCUCUGGACGCCUUCCAGCUCCCGGCCCGCGCGGCCCGUGGGGACGCGGCCAGCCCCGAGCCGGAGCCCGCAGAGCCAGCGUCGCCGGUGCGAGGGGAGCAGGCGGCCCCCCCGGGCGAGGAGGCGGCCCCCCAGGCCCAGGGCAGGGGCAUCAAAGCGGAGCCCGGCCGAGGGGACGCCACAGACCCGGAGGACAGCGGGGACGAGGAGCCGGCCGGCCGCCCGGCUCCGCCGCGCGAGCUCACGUCCGUCAUCCGGGCGGGGGCCCCGAAGCAGGGCCUCGUGCGGCCGUGGGGCCUGGUGCCCCCGGGCGACCCCUCGCCCGCCCUGCUCCACGCCGGCUUCCUGCCCCCCGUCGUGCGGGGCCUGUGCACCCCCAGCACCAUCCGCUACGGCCCCGCGGAGCUGGGCCUCGUGUACCCCCACCUGCAGAGGCUGGGCCCCGGGCCCCCCUUCCCGGAGGCCUUCUACCCGCCCCUGGGCCUGCCCUACCCCGGGCCCGCGGGCACCAGGGGGCAGCGGAAGGGGGACUAA